AUGGAGCCAUUACCUCCAGACCCACGCACAACCAAGGGUAUCACCCAUGAACAGCGAUACCACCUCUGUCUCAAGAAGCAGGACUGUCCCGCCAUGAAACAGUCCGAGCUCGCAGCCUGGUUCCUGGAGACCUACUCGUUCCCCAUCAGUCAGCCGACCAUUUCUCACUCCUUGAAGAAGAGCGCCGAAAUCCUUGCCAGAGGCAUCUCUGCCCCGGGAUUGGAACCCACGCGGGUGCGGCGGAGACCUGUCCGACAUCCAGAGCUCGAGCAGGCUCUCUUCCAAUGGGUACAACAACAGCAUCAAGAACACGGACCAGAGCAAUCGGGGGAAGGAUCGGAUUCGAUAUCAGGGCCUGCGCUGGUUCGACAAGCCAAGAGGAUUGCCCAGGAGAUGGAUAUUCACGACACGGUCUUUUGCCCGGGAUGGCUCUCGCGGUUCAAAAUGCGCGUCGACAUCGCCACUGCCCACCCUCUGAGCAACAGCAACAAGAACAACAUCAACAGCAACAGCAGCCGCAGCCAGAGUUUGAGUCGCCAAUACAAACAGUCAGCUCCAUCACGAUCUCCAAUCACUCCGGCAACAGCACCAACAGACAUUGACCGAUUUCCAGGCGGUAUCUGCGGCAUCUUCAUCUUCAUCGUCUUCGGCGGCAACAUCAACAUCGGAGAUAACAGCGGCGAUGCACCUAGAAUUCCUUCAGUCUAUACCCAUUACUACACCAACCAACGGAACUGGAUCUCUCCUUCAUGUGCCUUCCUCCCUGUCGCCUUCACCGCUCUCGCAUCACACUCCAGGAUCCCUACUUCGAUCGCCCAAUGA